UAUUUAAUUCGCCUUAUAAUUUUUCUUUUAUUCCUUUUCUUGGAUUAAUAUUAUCAUUCUUUUUUAAUGAAUAUAAUCCAUUAAUUCAAAAUUGGUGCUUAAGUACUUAUCGUGCUAAACGUACACCUGGUGAUCCUCUAAAACUUAUAGAAUCUGAAGUUGUAACAUAUCAUACAAAUAAUAGUGGAUAUUUAAGUUCACUUAUUAAGGAAACACUUGAAAUUAUCGAAAUAGUGAAUUCUGUUUUUUCAGGGUUAUCAAUAAUUAUUGUUAUAUUCGUUCUUCUUUAUAUAUUUUUAAAAUUUAUAAAGUACACGUAUUUAAAAGAUGGGAAAGGUGAGACAGGUAUAAAGGAAUAUUAUCAUUUUUGCAAAGAACUAAUUACAGUAAAAU